AUGGCCUUUUGGAAGCCAGGUAGUAUUGCUCCAGGGAGUCAUCAAGACCGUGAUGGCGACACUGAGAAUACUGUAGCUGUAUAUAAUGCAUACGAUGGAACUCUACCUCUCAGUCAGCAACGAUUGAGGUUGCCAAUCGCCAAAAACAAGGAUCAUUUACUUUAUCUGGUGGAAAAGUAUCAGGUUGUGGUGGUCGUUGGUCAAACUGGAUCUGGAAAGACAACUCAGGUGCCACAGUAUCUACAUGAAGCUGGCUGGACUGCGGAAGGUCGAGUUGUAGCUUGCACUCAGCCUCGACGAGUCGCUGCCACAACAGUCGCUGCCAGAGUAGCAGAAGAAAUGGCUGUACCUAUUGGAACUACUGUAGGCUACUCGGUUCGCUUUGAUGAAAAGACACAUCCAACCGCGACAAGGAUCAAAUACAUGACUGACGGAAUGCUGUUUCGAGAAGCCAUGUUGGAUCCACUCUUGUCGAAAUAUAGUGUCGUCAUGGUGGAUGAAGCUCAUGAACGGAGUCUGUAUACUGAUAUUCUAGUUGGCAUUCUUAAAAAGAUUUUGAAGAAACGAGAGGAAUUGCGAGUGAUUAUCUCAUCAGCCACAAUUGACGCUGAAGCCUUUCAGGGCUUUUUCAAUACAAAUAUGACACCAGACAGGACUUUGGAUAGUGCCGUAAUCAUGUCGUUGGAAGGAAGAAUGUAUCCUGUUGAUAUUCAUUAUCUCAAGGAAGCAACAUCAGAUUAUCUGGAAACCGCAGUGGACGUGACGUUUUCUAUUCACUCUCAAGAAGCUCCCGGUGACAUUUUAAUCUUCCUCACAGGAAAGGAGGAGAUUGACACUGUUUCUUCACUCAUCACAGAGCGAGCAGUCAUGUUGGAUUCCAAGGCCAUGCAAAUUCAAGCUCUGCCGAUUUACGGAGGUUUGCAAAUGGACGAGCAAUUAGAAGUCUUCAAGCCAGCAUCUCCUCAUACUCGCAAAGUCGUCAUUGCGACGAAUAUUGCUGAAGCUUCGAUUACGAUCGAGGGGAUUGUCUAUGUCAUUGAUUCUGGAUUCAUUCGAGCCUAUAAUCCAAAAACUGGAAUGGAAAGUCUGAUUGUCGUCCCAACAUCACAAGCAUCUGCUCAACAACGUGCAGGAAGAGCAGGACGAACCAGACCUGGAAAAGCUUAUAGACUGUAUACAGAAGAAGCGUUCGAUAAGCUUCCUGGUAACAAUGUGCCUGAAAUGCAAAGGAGCAACCUAGCUACAGUCAUUCUUCAACUGAAAGCAUUGGGCAUUGAAAAUGUUUUGAGAUUUGAUUUCCUGACUGCUCCACCAGCUAUGAUGAUGAUACGUGCUUUGGAGCUGUUGUAUUCUCUGAAAGCGUUGGAUGAUUACGGUCGUCUCACGAUGCCGUUCGGUGUCAGUCUAGCUGAAUUUCCUCUAGAUCCUUUAAUGGCUACAGUGCUUCUCAACUCUCAUCGAUUCAAGUGCAGUGAAGAGGUCUUGACCAUAGCUGCCAUGGUAUCCGUUCAGAAUGUCUUUUACACUCCAGCUAGUCAGCGGUAUGAAGCUGACGAGCAGAAACGGAAGCUGGCUGUAGAGGAAGGAGAUCAUAUUACAUACAUCAAUGUUUACAAUGCGUUCCUCAAAUCCGCAAAAUCACGUAAAUGGUGUGGCCAACGCUUCAUCAAUUACAAUUCAAUGAUGCGAGCUGUAUCAGUGCGUGCUCAGCUCGCUAAGUACCUUACUCGAUUCAAAUUGGAUCCCACGCUAUCGUGUCAGGGAGAUACAGUCAUGUUGCGGAAGUGUUUGGUGUCGGGAUACUUUUCACAGGCUGCGAGGUUGCAUGUGGAUGGUACUUUUAGGACUGUGCGUGAUGAUGUGGUUUUGAAUAUACAUCCAAACAGUGUGCUGUUUCGACGCUCGCCGAAUUGGAUUAUAUUCCAUGAAGUUGUUGAGACCACAAAGUUUUUCAUGAGAGACGUCACAGUUAUAGAAUCAUCCUGGCUUACGGAACUUGCGCCCCAUUUCUAUCAAGAAAUAUCAAAAGCACGCUGA